AUGAUGAUGAGGUUCAAUAGUGCAGGCGAUAUUGUCGGUGCUAAAAACUUACCAAGUGUUCAGGCAUUCUACCAGGACACUGUAGUGAUAACAUACAAGGGGUCCUACGUGACAUUUACAAGGAUCCUGACCACUUUAACAGCAAUUGACCUUUCAAAUAAUAGAUUGGAAGGUACCAUUCCUGAGUCAGUUGGACGGCUUGUUUCACUGCGCGUACUGAACAUGUCACACAAUGCAUUCACGGGAAAAAUUCCAACCCAGCUUGGCGGUGUAACUGAUCUGGAGUCACUAGACCUGUCCUGCAACCAACUCUCUGGGGAGAUUCCACAGGAACUCACAAAUCUCACCUCUCUGGCCACCCUGAACUUGUCCGACAACCAGUUGGUGGGGAAGAUACCGCAGUCACGCCAGUUCCUCACGUUUGACAUUACUUCAUUCGAAGGGAAUUUGGGGUUGUGUGGAUCGCCAUUCUCCAACCCCUGUGGCGUAUCACUUGCCCCUCCAAGCGUGGCACACGUGGAGAAGUCUUCAGAUGUGGACGUCAUACUGUUUCUGUUUGUCGGGAUGGGCUUCGGUGUUGGAUUUGCAGCUGCCAUUCUGAUGAGAUGGGGUCGAAUCCGCAAAUGGUUUGUUAAAUCUGCAAGAGCUUUGAGGACUUGA